AUGUUAUCUUCAUUAAUAAUUGGAAUCAUACUUUUUACAAUAACUAUCUGGACUAUACUUGGAAAUAUUUUAGUAAUACUUGCAUUUAUUGUUGAUAAACAAAUUCGUCAAGGUGGAAUGUCAAAUUAUUUAAUUAUCAAUUUAGCUGUUAGUGAUCUUUUGUUGGGUAUUGCUGUUUUACCAUUUUCAGCUUCGUAUUCAACAUUUGGUAUAUGGUCUUUUGGUAAAAUAUUUUGUGAUAUAUGGUUGAUUACUGAUGUUUUAUGUUCAACAGCAUCUAUUUGGGGCCUUUUAAUGAUCGCAUUUGAUCGUUAUAUAGCCACAAGUUAUCCAAUACAUUAUCGUCAUCAUCGUCAUUCAAUUUCACUUGCUUUAACUAAUAUAUGCAUUGCAUGGUUUGUUUCAUUAGCGAUAUGUCUUUUGCCAACAUUAUUUUUUGAAAGAAAACUCGAGAUAUAUUCCGACAUUAACAAUAAAACAGUAGCACCGUCAACGACAAAAUAUAAUGAAUCAACUCGACAAUGUGAAUUAUAUAAAGAUUUAAAUUUUGUUUUAACAAGCUCUUUACUUUCAUUUUUUAUUCCAUUAAUUAUUAUGAUAUUUUUAUAUGCAAAAGUUUUGUAUGUAAUAAAACAACAAUCAGCAAUUCGUCAUAAAACAAAUAGCAAAUCACAGUCACAUAACGAUAAAUUCAAUCGUCAACUUUGUCUUGAUAAUUCAGGAACAUCUCAAUCAUUAGAAAAUAAUAUUAUCCGUGAUGAAGUACCUACACCAGAUCAACAACCAUUAGGACGUCGUGAAAUAACAGCAGAAUUUCGCAUAACUCGUUCAUUAGCUAUUAUUAUUGGUUGUUUUAUAUGUUGUUGGUUACCAUUCUUUACUUUAUAUAUUAUUCGAGCUGUCUGUCAUUGUUUAAGUUUUCAUGGAAUCGAAUUUUUCUUUUGGUUAGGUUAUUCAAAUUCAUCAAUUAAUCCUGUACUUUAUGCUAUAUUAAACAAAAAUUUUCGUUUAGCGUUUAAAAAUAUUUUUCUAUCCUUUAAAAAUAUUUUUUUUGUAUAA